AUGACUGCUAAUUUCAUUGACGACUCUAUUAAUGAGAAAGAGUUGCAUGUCAAAUAUCAUGAUACUACCAUUAAUAACGAGCCUCACCAUAUAAGAGAAAGAGUACGGAAAGCUAGUGGCAAUAGUGGCAAUGAUAAUGAAAAGGGAGAGCAUAGACAUUCUCGUUCGUUGACGCGGAAUAGAGUUAAACAUACACGUUCUCAUUCUCGUUCUCAAUCUAGAGUACCUUCUCAUCGUCAUUCUCAUUCUCAUUCCCAUUCAAGAUCUCACUCUCAUGCUCGUUCUCAUUCCCACGCUUAUCCUCAUACACAUAAUGCUCAUAAAAACAAAAAUAAUAUUCAUCCAAGUAAAUCAAUUGACCCUCAAAAUUUUAAAGUUUCCAUAGGUAGAGGUGGUGCAGGUAAUAUUUAUACUUCAAAUUCAAAAAAUGCACCAAAGGAAGUCCCACAAGGUUCUCAAACACCUGUAAUUGUACAAAAUGUCUUUUCAACUGGGAGAGGCGGUGCUGGUAAUAUGAGGAGAAAUGUUGAUCCAAAAUUAACCAGAAAGGCCCAAGAUGUAGAUGCCUCUAUAGAUUCUAGACAAAAUAGUCUGGACUAUCCAAUUGAUGAAGAUACUAUCGAUUGUAAUGAUUUGGUUUCCAAUUCUAGCUCAAAUUCCAGUUCCAGUUCUUGUUCCAGUUCAGGAUCUGCUUCAAAUUCAGAUGUAGAUUCAGAUAUCAUCGAUAUCAAUGGAAUUGAUCAACAGAAUGCAGCUCUAUCAAAUACAAAUACCCAGAAUCAAUCCCGUAAUAAAAACCAUCCAAAUUCUCAUAAAGGCUCACACCAUCAUAAACCUCACCAUAAACAUAAACCUCACCCAACUACUUCCAGAAUAAGUAGAACUAAAUCGUUAACUAGAACUCAUACGAGAAAUCAAUCCCCACCUAGGUUUGUUUCAAUUGGUAGAGGGGGUGCUGGUAACAUUUUAACGCCUCAUGCUAGUGGUUCUCACGUUUCACCUGCACUUUCCACCCAUAAAUCAAAUUCCACUAUCCAUAAUAUUCAAUCUAAUUUAACAAUGGGCGUUAACUCUAAAAACUCUAAAAAGAAAAAGAAGCAACAGCAACAGAAUUAUUCUUGCAUUAUUUCAUGA